CCGUCGCUCUGCUCACACCGCCGCGCCUUCCAGCGCUUUAAACCCCCCUAGCCCCCUCCACGCCCUCUCAGUCGACACGCACGCCAUCGACAGGUGAUAUAGAAUUACCCUUUAAAGGUAAAGCACAGGGAGUCGAGUUGCAUAUCCCACAGUCACUACACGAUCAAGGUGGUUUUAAACUUACUUUUAAUUCCACAAGAAUUCGGGUGUUCGAGCUCUUGAGUGGUGACGAGGAAUUUGGCUGAGGAUGGUGCAGCCAUGAGCCAGGAGCCUUUACUACCAUUGCUUCAGACAGUGUACCACGCUGGUCUCAUCACUCUGAUCACCCUCAUGGCAGACCCCGUCGACGACCACCACCAAAUGGAUAAACUUUCUCAUCUCGACCAUAAGAAAAUAACGCGAGUCUCUAUCCAGUUGCCAAAAAUGAGAUACGAUGACCCGCUUUCUCUCGAUGCAAGAAAUACUGAAGGCAGAAUAAAUGGUGACGCGACUGAAACAAAAAAGACUCAGCUUGAAUCUCCCAAGAUGAGAACAAUGAUCUCCGUAGGAGACAAGACCCUUGCUGAACAUAACACCAUAUUUACUGACAGUGAAAGAGGUGAAGUCUCUGGCCUGGUCUUGCCCAGUGCCCCAAUCUACAGCUUUGACGAAGAUGGUGAAAUUCUGCAGCGGGUCAAUAUAAUCACUCCCACUACCGAGGGAGAGUAUGGUUAUCACAGUCGGUUCUCUGAUACUCCAUAUGACGAGGCUGUUGACCACAAUAACGAUAUCAAUGAUCCCAUAAAACUGCCUCUCACUUCCACUCCCGAGACAGUCCUCCCAGUUGGUGUUGACUUGUGGCAUCGCAUAGAUCAAUCCUUUGUGGCCAGAGAGGAUCGAGGAGUCUCCACCUCACUGCCGUCCUGUCAUCCGUUUAUUACUUCACUCGGGGACCUCGAGUCCCUCCCGAACAUCGAUGAUACUCCGGCUGAUAGCGUGCUACUGAAGCAGGUCCGCAGUCUGAAAGUGGAUGAUAUAGGGUCUAAGGUCAAUGCACAAACUGAAAUCAGCGUCAUGUGUGAGGCUGAGGGGUUGACCACACCUGAUGUCAUACCCAAGAUCGACUUCCAUGCUGCAUCCAUCGAGGUCGUGGACGACUACCUCGAGGAUAACUUGAAGGAAAAUCAACUUGGAGAUCUCUGCUCCACACUCCUGGGCGACACAGCAAGUUGGAAGAACUCUCGCUCCAAGUCCACCCAGAAUUUCGUGGCGGGUCUACUGAGUGCUGGGCCGCAGGAGACCCCCUGCAAGAGACAGCGUGUACCCUUUCAUACCGUGGUGUUCACUGAGCGGAAGCCCUCGACUGGGGACGCCUUGGUGCUGAGUCUAGGCCUGUCCGCAGACGGAGCCAAUACCAUCCAAGAUAUUGCAUCUAAGAACCAGGGAGCAGCCAGGGAACGUCUCCAGCAGGGGGAGAUGCUGCCGCCAGAGACCAAGUUAACGAGGCAUUGUGAAUCAUGUGGAGUCUCUCCUGAGGAUUGUCUCAAGAAGUUGGGUCUCCACUCUGACCACGUUGGGUUGCUGAGUCCUUCCCCAAAGAGUGAGCGUCUUCUUCAUUUCUUCCGGAAUAUUCAGCCGGUACCGCCUCGCCCACAUCCCUGUCACACUCCCAUUGGUUCUGACCCACACCUUGAAAAGAGCCACCAGGAAGCACCGAGACCCCAGAGUCGAAGUCUCACCACCUCCCCAACUCACUCGGAGGACGACAGCAGGAAACCCAGACUUAACACUUUCUGAAAUCCGGCAAAUCUUCGUCAACUAGUUCCACCGCAGCUCAGAACUCAAUAAAAACCACCUGGUCUUCGCCAAUUAGCUCCGCUGCAGUUCACAAUUUAUUGUGAGCAUCCUGGUGUUUGCCAUCUAUUUCGCGGCAGCUUAUUGCCGCGUUGUAUAGAAAUUGUGCUACCUCGACAGUGUAUAUGGAGCAGUCUUUGUAGUCCUUUGACGUAAGCGCAUCCAAAUUUUAGUCACGAUGGACUUGUAUCUGUCGAAAACCUCAAACCACUUCUCUAGUCACCUGUCGUAAUGUAGCCACAGAGCUGCCGUGUUCAAGAGUCAGACACCGACUGCUCUGAGCACAAUCUGAUAAAAUCACGAAAAGAUAUUGAGGAAAAGUGUAUGUCACGUUAUAAGCUCAUACAACUAGAAUGUAAUGAAAACAAGAGUGGUGACUCACCUUGCUGGGUCAGGCGAGAACAAGGCGAAUGAAUGAUAGUCUUGCUGGGCACCUUCUCUAGUGCCUUCGUUACGCUGGUCUUACCAAUGUCUUGUUCUUUAUUCGUACGUAAAAAAAUUGAAGACGGAGACCAAUUAUAUAGAGGCAGAGCUAUUGUCUCUGAGUAGAAAUUAUAGGCAAAACUUUUGAACGGAAAAAUGAGAGAUGACUUUGUACAGUACAUGCUGUCAGUGCGUGUCUGUGUGUCGAGGUUUAAUGAUGAGACAACUACAAUAAUUAACUUUGAACGCUGUUGUGUGCUAGGUGGAACUUACUUGAUUGUUCUCUUAACUAAAAACUACAGAAAUAAUAUCACUAUUUUGAUACACCCAAUAGAAUUAGCAAAUUUAAUGAACAGUGUACAUAAAAAUAGUUUCUUUUUUAAACUUCAUAUACAUAUAUAUACUUACCAGAGAUUUGAUUAUAUUCUUAAAGUUCAUCGACUUUGAUUCAAAUUAGAAAUAGAUAAGACAGAAAUAUUU